AAUCAAUAAUAUUAUCAUCAGACCCUGACCCUCAGCUCAGCCCCUGUGUCACUGUCAGGUCAGCAGCAGCAUCAGUAAACAAGAACACUCUCCAUUGACAGACUCAGUCAGUGGAUUUGAUCUAAUCUGAGAGUAGAGUCUUGAAAUAGACUAAUGUUGAGUAUAGCUUGCUGGACUGUUAAACUUACAGUCAGUGUAGCCACCCUUCGCAUCACCCCUUUUACCUCUUACUCGAGUCUAGCCCCCAAAUCCAAAGCAAGACUGGGUCACCCACACUUUUCUAUUCCACUGGCACUGCUGAAGACGUGAAGUAGAUCUACCAGCUAGCUGACGACGAGUGACGUGACUUGGUGCACUCGACUGGGCCGGCCACGAACGCUCUGCACCCAGAUACCUAGGCUAUAGUAGGCUAUACUAGUACUAGCUGUUGCUCUUCACCCAGAACUGCAUGUGUAUUCCGUGCAAGUACUGGGUGCCCCUCGGCAUCACACAGUUGUCAAGGUCGUUCACAGCUCACUGUGAGGUUCCCCGUACCGUCAGUCGAGGGAACUAGUGAAGCAGGAGUUGCACUGAAACCAUCUUGUGAACGUCUUGCGCCCCACACUCCUGCCGUGCAGCCUCUAACGGAACAGGCAGGUUUCCACCCCAGGCGGGCUGCUGGAAAGACGACCCGACAAUUGGAUCGUUCCUGUCCCUGCCGUCCGGGUUUGCUCCGCAUUCGCCACCUGGUGCGCGGUGACGACGAGGUUUGCAACGACGUAGAUCUACGUGGAUUGUGAGCGGUCUAAACAGACAAACAGCAGCGUGUUGGUACGGGCAAGCUAUUGACGAAGAGGAUGGCACUCACGUUUGGAUUUGUCCCGGCCUCGGUGCACCGCAACGCCCUGGAGCAGCAGUCGCGCCGGCAGCAGGAGAAGAUGCGAAUGUCGGCGGACAUCAACUCUUCCGUUACCAUGUCCUCGUCCGAUGCAGAGCGGAAGAGACAUGCCAAGGUCAACCCCAGCACCCCAGGCUACAACGUGUCGAAUGUUGUCGGAGCUGCUGUGGUAUCUGGUGUGCGUGCAAUCGCCAAAGACAAGCCGCUGAAGGGACCGGAUGUAGGCUCGGAUGGUUUCAUAAUCGUUUCCAAUCCGUUCUUCGACGAUGAUGACUAAUCAGGAUGUGACUGCUAAUCUCCUGCUCACGACCAAUGCACUUGCCCAGGCUCCCUGUAUGCACUCCAAUCUGUAGGCCGGGAAGAUCAGUUGACAGGUAACCUGCAAUCCAUGUGGGGUAAGCUGGUAAGAUGACGUCAUAGCUGAUCCGCCUUCAGUUGAGUCCCUCGCGUGGUGACAACUAAGCGUCUUCAUUGGCGGGCGCAAGAGGAUCACUCUUCACAAUGCUGCUCAUGAUAUCUGCACUCGUAUACUUUUCACCGGGAUAGAAAAGCAUCCGAGAGAAGACGCGCUGGUACAAUCCACAGAUUUACUAGAUUGGGUAGUAUGGUGGCUAGCCAUACCUCAAUUUUUGAACUCAUAGAUAGAUGCGUCUCUUCACAGUUGCUGGUCAUUAUGAAAGUAGUGCUACCAACAGAUGCCGUCCUUUAGACAUGUGGACAGCUAGGACAUCCACCCUGGGUCCCACGUGCAGUAGUACUAGUCGUGUAGCAAGCUGUUGAGUUUGAUAACUUGGUUAAACGUGCUCUGAUUCUAAAAUUGAUAUUUUCUUGACGCAGUUCUAAUUCUAAUUUCUAAUUUGUAACAUUAUAAUUCAUUCCUUGCCGCCAGUCAAAGAUAAAAAUUUCAUAACUUAAAUGCUGUGUACUUAGAUCUGAAAUACUCAUUUCCAGGUUGAUAGCUUUUUAACACACUACGUAGCACAUGCUGCUACUGAAGGUAAUGCUCAUACAGCACUGCUCGCCUACUCCAGGUACUGCCGUCUUGGGGGCACCUCUUUGAUGCCUCUUAGGUCACACAAAUGACUUCAACGAGAAGCGAUACCAAUUAUUUUUAAUUGUCGUAAAACAUGUUAACUUCCAUGCAAACAGUAUGUGUUUUAAAUUCGGGCAGCUUCCAUUCACAACGUCCCGGGUUAUGGGACAUUGAAGUUCUACCGUAAUACGUCACCGAGGUGCCUCUAUCCUAAGUUACACCCUG